AUGCCAAAUAUAUUGGAAAGCUUUAGUAAGGGUUUGUUGAAAUUGAAAAAUGAAUUUAUGUAUCAAUUAGACAUUUUCGGUCAACUUCCAAGCUUUACAGUACUUAAUAGAAACAAAUAUACAUCUAACUUAGGAUUUAUAAUGUCAAUUUUAUUAGGAACACUAAUUGCAUAUUAUUUGAUUAUUGAAAUCCAAUAAAUGCUUUCAAAAUCAAAGCCAUCGAUAUAUUAAACAGAAAUCUAAGUUAUAGAGACAAAUGUAAAGUUAAUUAUUUUUUUUAGUCUUAUUAUCUCAAUAAUGAAAAUUUUACUUUAGCAAUAACAAUAGCCAACCGUUUUUCAGAACCUUUGAUAGGAAUAAAUAGAUACUUUAAUUUAAACGUGAGUCAAUGUACUAGAGAACGAGUAAAAAAUUAAUCAACAGGAAAUAUAACAGUGAACCUGAAGUAUAACUUAAUGGUAUUUAGAUGUGAUGAAAUGCCCUUAGAGCCAUGUAAUAUGUCACAUUUUACAACAGAUCUUUAAAGAGAAUACUUUAAGACUAUAAGAUUUGGAGCAGUUUAGUGUAUUAAUAGAGAUUAUUAAUAGAAAAAUCCUCCGGUAUUAAUAUAUUUUAUAAUUAAUUAAUUAGGUUUUAAAGGGUUAAUUUAAUGCAUUAGAAUUCAAAUAUUUAUAUAUAUAAUUCACAGUUUGCAAGAAUACUAGCACUUAUCAAGGUUGUGCACCAAAAGAAGAGAUAGAGGAUAUCUUAUAAGCAGGGCAUUAUAAUGUCUAUAAAAGCGAUUAUAUAUCCUAACUUGAUAAUCCUAGUGAACCAUAUAAAUAAAUUAUCACAAAUGAAUUCACAGGUUUUUCUCAUAGUACAUCCAAAACAAUUGUGUAACAGUAUAGAAUUUUAUAAACUACAACAGAUGAUGGGUUAAUAUGGGAUGUUGAAAAUAUUUAAUAAAAUAUUUAAUAAACAGAUUGGAGAGAAAUAUCAGACUUUUAUAAUUAACAAUAUUUAGUUCUCCAUAUUAUUAAGUUAGAAUUCAAAUAGACUAAUAAUAUUAGAACUUAUAUUAAAUUGUAAACAGUUUUAGGAAAACUUGGAGGGAUAUUGUAAAUUUUUAUUAUGGUUGUUACUAUACUAUCUAAACCUAUUAUUGACAAUUUAAUGAAGUUAGAAAUAGCAAAUUCUCUCUACAGAUUUUAUGGAGAAUCAGAAAAAUAAAGUUAACGUUUUACUUAAGUUUAAAUUAAUUAGACUGAAAGAGAAUUUUAAUCUGCAAAUAAUAAUUCGAAAGGUUUAAAUAGUGAUAUAAAUUAAAAGUUAAAUCAAUCUAUGUUUGAGACAUUUUUAAUAAUAUUUGGGUUUUAAAAAGAGAAACAUUAAUAAUUUAUGAAAGCAAGAAAAAAAAUCAUAAAAAAUUUAGAUAUAGUAACAAUCCUUAAAAAAUUAUAAGAGAUAGAUAUGUUAAAGAAGAUUUUAUUUUCUAAAGAGUAGAUAGAAAUAAUAAAGAAUCUACCACGGCCUUUGAUUGAUUAGAAAUCAUUAAUUUCUUAAAAACUUUUAGAUUGUGAAAUAGAUAAAGAGAAAGAUAAUCAAUCUAAUAUUUAAUCACCACUUUAAAGUUAAUAAAUAAGACUGAGUAAACCUCAUUUUUUUUCAAGAAUGAAUUCAGUUUUUUCAAGAGGUUAAAUUGAUAAUUAAUUACAAUAAUAUAUAGAUAAUUGCAAUGUAAUUUGAUAUAUAAAUUAAUAGGAUUCUUAAAAAAAUAAAGGAAAAUUUUAAAAUAGUUUAUUGAAAAGUCCUUCCUCACCUUUAUCAAAUAGUCAAUUAAUUAAAUCUGAUGAGAUCGAAGAACCUUCUCAAUUGAAACCAAAAUAAUGA